GCACGUACUUCCACAAUAACUUGGUGCUUUGUUGUUAGUUUCAGCAAGAACUUCAACUUUUAUGUCGGAGUAGUCUAGUUCAAUCUACUAUGUCAUGUGCUACUACUAGUUUAUUAUUUAAGUAUUGUAAAAGCUAAUAUGUUGAAAACGUCAGUGCGAUCGAUUAAGGCAAGUUUCCCCUGACAGUGGGAAUCAUUCUACACAAAUAGGCAGCAACACCUGAUUGUCCGCAUUUCUAGAAAUGUAGAUAAGAAUCAUUUAUAAUAUUUUUCAAUUAAAUAUAUUAAUGGGUCAUCUUUCAACCGUCCACUACACGCGCGCGUUCUUUAAGGGUGGACUUUAUUGCGCGCUUGAAGUCCGUUCCUAAAGCCUUCCGGACGACGCGCGCGCGCUCACUUUUCACUUGCUCAACUCAGUAGCUCGCGGCUUUUCUCUGUGCGCCCCGCGAGUCACCGGACACCACUGACACUCACAUCGGGACACCAGGAUUCCCCGGGAUAACGACGCAUUUUGUGUCAGUGGCGAUGGUGAUUGACAGAUGAUCUGACACAGGAAGACAUCAGACACCGUCUCCGUGCUGGUCAUUAUGGGGUGUGCCUGUUGCAAGCAGAAGAAGUCCACCAAAGUAACAGUAUCAACAGCAGUUGAUGUUACAGAUCUGUCUCCUAGCAACGCAGAUGGAGGGUUGUCCGCGGCCUUGAAUCAGGGCCGUUAUUGUCCCGACCCCACUCAGACCAUCCCAGACUUCAACAGAGGCUUUUCAUCCGGCAUCAUCUUCCCUAACACCAACACAAACCAGCGGCCUGGAGGUGGUGGAGUCACUCUCUUUAUAGCUCUGUAUGACUACGACGCUCGCACUGAAGAUGACCUUACUUUUCAGAAAGGAGAAAAAUUCCAGAUUAUCAACAACACAGAGGGUGACUGGUGGGAGGCUCGCUCUUUGGACACAGGCCACUCAGGUUACAUCCCCUCUAACUACGUAGCUCCUGUCGACUCCAUACAGGCCGAAGAGUGGUAUUUUGGGAAGAUGGGGAGGAAGGAUGCAGAGAGACAGCUGCUGGGCCAUGGCAACCAGAGAGGGACUUUCCUCAUACGAGAGAGCGAGACCACCAAGGGUGCUUACUCUCUGUCUAUCCGUGACUGGGACGACAACAAGGGAGACCACGUCAAGCAUUAUAAGAUCCGUAAACUAGAUAAUGGUGGCUACUACAUCACCACGAGAUCACAGUUUGACACGGUGCAGCAGCUGGUAGAGCACUACACAGAGAGAGCGGCGGGACUGUGCUGCCGUCUGAUUGGCAACUGUAAGCGGGGCAUGCCUAAGCUGGCCGACUUAUCAGUGAAGACCAAGGAUAUGUGGGAGAUUCCCCGCGAAUCCCUCCAGCUGAUUAAGAAACUGGGCAACGGCCAGUUUGGAGAAGUCUGGAUGGGCACUAAUGAUGGGCUGUGUUAUUACCUGACCAAACCCUGUCAAAACGCCACCCCACUCACCAUGGGCCUUGGGCGGGACGCCUGGGAGGUGCUCAGGGAAACGCUGUCCAUGCAAAGGAAGCUGGGCCAGGGCUGCUUCGGGGACGUUUGGAUGGGCAUGUGGAACGGUACCACCAAGGUAGCUGUGAAGACUCUGAAGCCAGGGACCAUGUCGCCCGAGGCCUUCCUGGAGGAGGCUCAGAUAAUGAAGAGACUCCGCCAUGACAAGCUGGUGCAGCUCUACGCCGUCGUAUCUGAGGAGCCCAUCUACAUUAUCACUGAGUUCAUGAGCCAAGGAAGUUUGUUGGACUUCUUAAAAGACGGGGAGGGGCAGAGUCUUAAAUUGCCUCAGCUGGUGGACAUGGCUGCACAGAUUGCAGCUGGAAUGGCGUACAUCGAGAGGAUGAACUACAUCCACCGUGACCUGCGAGCAGCUAACAUCCUUGUUGGAGAAAAUCUGGUGUGCAAGAUCGCUGACUUUGGCCUGGCGAGGCUCAUCGAGGACAACGAGUACACAGCCAGACAAGGGGCGAAGUUCCCCAUCAAGUGGACGGCUCCAGAAGCUGCUUUGUAUGGACGCUUUACCAUCAAGUCAGAUGUCUGGAGCUUUGGCAUCCUACUAACUGAACUCAUCACGAAGGGGCGGGUGCCUUACCCAGGCAUGAACAACCGUGAAGUGUUGGAGCAGGUGGAGCGGGGCUACAGGAUGCCCUGUGCCCCGGGCAGCCCCGCCUCGCUCCAUGAACUGAUGGUGCAGUGCUGGAGGCGUGAGGCCGAUGAGAGGCACACUUUUGAGUACCUGCAGUCCUUCCUGGAGGAUUACUUCACCGCCACAGAGCCGCAGUACCAGCCCGGAGAAAACCUGUGACCUACACACAUGUAGGAGAGAUGUGAAGCAAUAAACGGACAAACAGAAAGAGAAUGACAGACAGAUGUGGAUGUAUUACAUGCGGAUACUCUGAUAUGCAUUCAUUGUAUUUGUUCCACACAUACUGUACAUACACACGCACACAUAUUAAGAUACAUAUCAUUGUCUUGUUUAAUUGUUUAAAGACAGUUUCCUCCUUUUUGAUUAUUGAUCACUGCAGCCCAUUCAGGAAAGAUCAGCUAACCGUGUUGAAGAGCAGAGUCGGAGCUCUGCUGAUCAGGCCUGGCAGUAAUGUUGCUUUACUCUGUAACCAUGACAACAAGGAACUGAAAGAAAAUGUAGCUGGUUGAGGUGGGGGGAAGUCGAGUUGGUACAUGAUUUGUUCAGCUGCCAUAUAUGUUCAGGUCCUUUUGAUUUCUGUGUCUGAGAUUUAGUAGAGCAACUGUUCGCCUGAGAUAAAUAUGUUGAUAGUGAAAUGAUUGAAGGUGCAACAGGUUUCAGAAAACAGUAAAUGAACCUUAUGACCUGUGAUGUAGAACUGCAACUAUAGAUAAACGGAAAAAAUAUGAAUUCAUUUAUAUUAAUUCAUAAUCAAUAAUUUGUUAGCAUUUUUUCAUGCAACAAUUGCAGAAAAUGCGGUUUUCAGCCUCUCAAAUACGGAGAUUUCCCACUUUCUCUGUUUUGCACCAUAUACAACUGAAGGUCUUUGGGAUUGGGGCUGCGAAAACAAGACAUGUAAAGACAUUCUUCACUAUUUUCUGAAAUGUUAUAGAUGAAACGAUUAAUUGAGAAAAAUAAUCGACAGAUAAAUCGAUAACAAAAAUAAAUUGUUAGUUGCAGCCUUACUGUGAGGUAGAUUAUGUACACAGACACUGUAAGAUUUAAUAAGAUGUCUCCUCUUACAAUAAUCUACAAGCAUAUAAAAAGGCUGUUGAACUGAUCCAUGUCCAUAACCUGAACGGGCAAACUAAUCAAACUUGCACCAACAUGUGCCUUAAAGUGGUCAAAUUAAGGGCUGUUUUAGAUUUUAAGUACCUUUCAAUACUGUGUUAGUAUCUCUGAGAUGAUAAGGAAUGCUCUUUGUCUGAUCAUUUGUGUAUGAACUGUCUCUUGCUGUUUUAAUUUAACACAGAUAUAUCUGUGCAUCACAAAGACUUCUAAAUUUAGUUAACAUGUAGUGUUCAUCUGUUGGGAGGGCAGGGUGAACUGUUACACAUAAAGGGAAAAUAUCAAUGUCAUUGGACUUUGGAAGAAUAGUGUUUUAAAUGUUUUUGACAAGAAUGUAACCUUUAUGUUAUAAUAUUCCCCUGCCAUGUUAUUGUAAUAAAGAUCAAAUAUCUUUUCCGAGUAAA